AUGCCACCCACGUCGGCACUCUCGAACAUUCGUGCCUUCGUGCAGUGGAGGGAGCCGAGUGUAUAUGCAGGAGAGGUGAUAGAAUGCAUCAUCACGUUCAGGAACAUCGCCAGGACGUGCGAGCAAGAGGAAGGGGUUGAUAGCGAGACACCACUAGCCAAUGGACACAGUCACGGAAGGACGGCUUCGAAUGCGCCCUCAGCCGCUGGGAGUCGGAGAGCUUCGGUAGCACAACUACGACCAGCUCCUUCGCGAGCUGGAUCUUCUGGUAUGGCAGCAAGAAGUGCGCCUGGAGUCCGAGGACAUCGGCCAACACUUUCGCUCAAUGUUGUGAGUGCCGAGUCAAAGAGCGGUCUGCACUCGGCACCACUGCCCAUGAAGACACCACCAAGCGCGAUGCGGUCUGCGAAGGGUCAUGGAAGAUCACUAUCGAUCAUGUCUCUUGGCAGCGAUGCUCCUAGUGACAGUAGAGCUCCACAUACAGCACCAGUGGUAGGCAAGCGACCAGCGAGAGGCCAUGGCAGAAGUGCGAGUCUGCAAGUGACCACUCGAGGUGCGACGACUUCACAUACUGCUCAUGGUCUGGGUAUCACAGCAGCUCGACAGCCUUCGCCUCUAUAUGAGUCAAGUACGCCACCAGCCAUGGCAGAGGAUGCACUGCCUCUCCGGCCACCUCGACGACGACCGGGCACUGUCUCCGCGGACAGUACGCCGAAUCUAGGUGGACCCAACGGACAACGCAGAAGUUCUAAACCGAACGCGUUAGAUACGGGAUUCAAAUUUCCGGCCCAGCCAGCAAUAGUAAAGGAUUCAUCGCCUCCCAAACCUCGACCUAGAAGUCCUUCGACCAUGCACUCUGCUCAACAGCGACCGAUUUCUCCCAGGCCGCCUGAAGGAUGGUCUGGUGCCCUGAGCAACCUCAACCCUGUCACGCGAGUCAUGUCCGAGUCCUCUACCAUGAGUAGUACACCACGCAGCAGUGGCGACUUUUAUAGCAUGAGCAACAACAGCGAUGAGACUUUAACGUCCGAGGCACCUAUCCUAGUUCAGCAGGAUGAUAGACUGCUGCCUCGAGUCAACCCUGUGCAACAGACACCACGCUCACGCCAGUCCAGCUACCGCCAACCUGCCGAACCAGAAACACUUAUGAUGGGCUAUGCACAGACGAUGGGCAGGUUCAUACUGGACGGUAGUCUGGUCAACGCUGCACCGUUCGAGGAAGUCAAACGGAAAGGUGUGCAGAGUGGCGGUGGCGUUGUGGGCAUCGAGCGUUCAAAGCGCAGCUCAGGUAUGUUUGGCGCUUUCAGCUGGGGCAAUAUUGGCGAAUCGCUGGGCGGACUGCUUGGUGGCGAUGAUAUGAGUUCAAUGGCGUUGAUGAAGGCAACGGCCGGGUCACGCAGCGUGCCACUGUUAUCGACGCCGCAGAAUCUGCUUUUCGUUGACCUACGGCUUGCGCCUGGUGAGAGCAAGAGCAUUAACUACAGUUUCGCGCUACCUCGUGGAUUGCCACCAAGCCAUCGUGGGCGUGCGAUCAAGGUGCAAUACUAUCUUACGUUGGGUAUACAACGACCGGGUGGACAAGCGAUCAAGCAAGUCGAGAUACCGUUCCGCGUGCUUGGGUCGUAUAAUGCUCGUGGCGAGACGCUCGGGCAUGAUCUCAUGUCGCCAUACGUACUUCUGCAGGAUGCUGCGAGGAGCAAGAGCAUCACACCCGGAACACCUUCUAUAUCUGGCCUGCCAACAUUUCUAGCAAAGGAGCCGCAGAAGACACAGAAGACACCCAAACAAGGACUAGAAGACUUCUUACGCUACACUGAACGAUUACUCUCCGAAACCCGCGACACCAACGGCGCACUUCUCUCACCCACCUCGCCACCCUCACACUCCCCAAUGUCCUCGCCAAACGACACUUUCGCAGACCAUUCCCCCGGCACAAUCAGAGAAGCAAUCGACCUCGCGAUCCUCCGCUCCAACCACGUCCCCACCAAUUCACAGAACCCUUCUGAAGCGGCCGCAGCAAGUCCCAAUCGCUUCAACAUUGCUCGUUCAGGCCAACCAGUCGCAGUCCUCACCCUUCUCCGGCCUGCCUACCGCCUCGGCGAAGCCGUGACAGGGACAAUUGACUUUACUGCUCCCGGUCCAGGUACAGGGCUGCAUCAAGCGCCCACAUACUCCAUCCUCAUCGAGCUCGAAAGCGCUGAACGCGUAGAUCCAUCCCUUGCUCUACGAAGCACGGCUUCCAUCAAUCGCGUCACACGUAAGACGUACGCUUCUGUGGCAGAGAAUACCCUGUUCGCGCGCACUGUGUCCUUCAGUCUGGCGAUCCCGGCUUCAGCUACUCCUACCUUUGAGACCACGGGUGUGAAUUUGGUUUGGAGGUUGAGGGUCGAAUUUAUCACUGCGCGGUCGGUACCGGCACAUGGGUACGAGGAGGGGAGAGAAGAGGAUCAUGAUUAUGGGUUGUUGGAGGAGCUGGGUACUGAUGAGCGUGGGACUGUCUUGAUCGCGAAGGAGAGAUUGAUGGCCGAGAGCUUCGAUAUUGAGGUUCCGCUUAAGGUUUAUGGGGUUGCUGGGUUGGUGAGCGAUGGUGCAGGAGUGGGGUCGGCACAGGCUCUAGAAGUAUAG